AUGACUACCCCGUUCCGUGGAGAUCCGGGCAUGGAAGAAGACGACACAGAGUUGGCCUCUUUCCUCCGGCGACCGUCUCAGGGAGAGACGUCCACGAAUCAGACUUACACCGCAGCGCACGCAAGUACCGACUACGAACCGAUCAUGACUAAGGGCAAUCCGUACUUCUUUGCUACCGCGCGGCUCAAAGACAAUCUUGAGAGUGGGCGCCGCGCCACUUCUAAGCAGAUCAGCGAUCCCUCACGCGAGGGUACUCAAACUUUCAUUGCCUCGGCCUACCACUUCAAGCAGGGCGACAGCAUCCAACCCGACAUCGCUACCGACGGCCAUCAUGACUACACAGCUCAGGAUUCUGGUCAGAUCGACCCCAAUAUCCUGCAAAGCGCCGAGUAUGAAGCAUCCCGCGCUUCCUAUGGGGGCAAGUUGCGUCCACAGGUUGGACUUAAGCGAAAGCCAGUCUUCCAAUCGGCAGAUGAAGGGCGAGCCCACAAGAGACCACAAGCUACGCCAGAGCAACACUCCGGCAAUGAGAUGUCGCGCAAGCAAACCCGAGGAACUUUGGUGGCGGCGGGCGGCUUUGUUGGACUCUUCCCUCAGCAGAGCUUGGGAAGCACUUUGCAGAUACAGGCAGCAGAUACUGGCGACAUGGUUGGGCAGACUGGGAUGGAGAAGCAAGAACAUGACGAGCCUGAUACCCGCAAGGCGAGAAGACAGCCUUCGAGAGCAGAAGUUGAGGAUUUGCUAGAAAUGACCCACGAAGCCGAUCUCAGAGCAUUCCGCAAGCAGAUGAUCUCCCGCAACGGUCUUACGACGAGCGGCAGGGUCAAGACUCGCCCCUCCUCUGUCAUGGAGGCACUCGGAGCCAACGAUGUCCCAGUUCUCGUACCAGAACAUGAGGUACAAUCGUCAAGCGUUACAGGUCCAACGUCAAAUGGUGUACCACCUCUGCAGAAACAGAACUACGACGACAUGAGCAACUCGCAUGCUUCCAACUGGGAUCCCUCUUCUCGGGCGAACGGCGUGUACACCGGCUAUUCAUCUAAUGAACCUCAGCCUGAUUUGCGUGCGCCCAGCUAUCCAAUCACUGGAGGCACGCAGAUUCCCUUCGACCACCCAUCAAGACAGCAUCAAGCACUCAUUGGAGAGCAGCGCUCUGCAGCAACGGCGCAGUUCCAAGCGGCGAGCACAUCGGGAUUGGCUCAGGCGGAGGAGGCGUUCACAAACAGUCUUGAUCCAUUCGAUACCGAUUCAUCCAACCUGGACUCAUCCUUUGAUAUUGGUUUACCUACAGACAGAGAUCAGUGGACUGGUGGCGACUUUGGCUAUGGUGCAUUCAACAGACAAAGCGGUUGA